AGACUCUUACCGCCCUACCUGUUCGCCUACUUGUUGGCCUUCAUGGACCGAGGAAACGUAGGAAACGCCAAGGUCGCUGGUCUGCUCAAGACCAUCAAUAUGACGGAUGUGCAGUACAAUACCGGUGUCGCUUCCUUCUUCGUCCUCUAUAUCCUGUUGGAAGUCCCUUCGCAAUACUUCUUGAAGAAGAUCGGUCCCAAAUACUACCUUUCUGGCUUGCUUUUCGGCUGCGGAGUCGUCAUGGCGAGCGGAGCGGCGAUUCAGAGUCCGAUUGGUUUCAUCAUGAUGCGACUCGCUCUGGGUGCUACGGAAUCUGGUCUGAUGCCGGGUUUCAACGCGUCGAUCGCCAAGUAUUACACCCGUGACGAGUUGAGUGUAAGAAUCGCCAUCUUCUUCGCGUCCGCAUCCAUCUCGGGAGCCUUCUCUGGUCUGCUUGCGUUCGGUCUGGCCAAGCUGGGUGGUGUCGCCGGUUUGGAGUCCUGGCGAUGGAUUUGGCUUCUCGAAGGUUCAUUCACCGCGUUCGUGGGCGUCAUCGCUCCGUUCGUCUUCGUCGACACCCCCGAGAACGCCGGAAGCUGGCUCACACACGAGGAGAAACGGUACCUCGUCCUGCGACAACGUUACGGAGCUGGUUCGGGAGGUGUAGCUCGAUCCGAGGCGUUCACCAUGAACUUGCUCGUGGAUCUCGCUAAGAACUGGCAGACGUACCCUAUGAUCUUGAUCUACAUCAGUCAUAGUGUUCUCGGAUACGCCAUCUCAUUCUCGCUUCCACCUCUUAUGAAAACCCUUGGAUACAGUAACGAAAAGGCAUACUUGAUUCCGGUACCGAUUUUCUUGGCGGCGUGCGUUCUCACCAUUCUCAACUCUUGGUGGAGUGAUCGCCGAGAAAGUCGUUUCUUGCACAUCGCCGGUCCUUUCUCGCUUGCCAUCGUUGGAGUGGCUCUAACGAUUCCCACCGCCGGACAAAAAGAUCUGGUCGGCCUCAGUAUUCUCGGACUGAUCUGUUUGACUUUCGCGGCGUAUCUCGCGGUGCCGAUUAGUAUCAGUUGGAUGGCAGCAAACACCGUCGAACCCCACCGGUCAGUAUGA